GCUGAAAUGCACACUAUUUGUUUGGUGCGUUGUAGUGCAGUCAAGACCUUGCGUCGUCAAUUUUGCUUUCAUUUGGGAUAUUGCCUUAACCUUACACUUGUUUUACUUCUGAUUGCUGUCGAUUUCUCUCAUUAUAAAAUAGAAGCCAUCGAUAAUGGGGAAGUCUUCACGUGAUAAACGUGAUAUUUACUAUAGAUUAGCUAAAGAAGAGGGUUGGAGAGCACGUAGUGCCUAUAAGCUGCUACAGAUUGAUGAUGAGUAUGGAAUUUUUUCUUCUGAAAAUGCUCCUUUAGAACGAGUGGUUGAUUUGUGUGCUGCACCUGGUAGCUGGUCACAAGUAUUAUCAAAACGUUUAUGGGAAUCGAAAUCCCCAGAGGAUAAAAAAUCUGUACUGCAUACGUUUUGAGAUUUCAUUAUUGAUAUUUCUUAAUGAAGGUAAAAAUCGUUGCCGUGGAUCUACAGGCUAUGGCCCCAAUACCAGGAGUUAUUCAAAUUCAAGGCGAUAUUACUAGUCAGGAUACGGCUCAACAGAUUAUCAAACAUUUUGACGGCAAGUUAGCUCAACUUGUUGUUUGUGAUGGUGCUCCAGAUGUGACAGGUCUACAUGAUUUGGAUGAAUAUGUUCAGUCGCAUCUUAUCUUAGCUGCUGUAACUAUCUGUUCAAGAGUUCUUGAGCUUGGUGGUACAUUUGUUGCUAAGGUUUUUCGUGGACGAGAUUCUGGUUUAUUAGGUUCCCAACUCCGAUGUUUAUUUUCGGGUGAAGUUAGUUUUGCAAAACCAAGAGCUAGUCGGAACUCUAGUUUAGAGUCGUUUGUUGUAUGUCGUGGAUUUACGGGUCCUCGUUUACGGACAGAUUUGAAACUAUCCACACCUUGUGCGAAUCACUCAAGCAACGAUAAUUUGCUAUUAUUAUGGUACGACAAGGAUAACUUUGAAGACGUUAAUUCUUCUCAACAAGCUCUAUUACCAUUCAUUGCGUGUGGAGAUCUAAGAGGUUUCGACCCAGAUGUCACGUAUACUUUAGAUCCUGAUCAUAUAGUCAAGCCACCAGUACAAGUUCCUGUAGAUCCUGUUUAUUCCGAAGUUUGCCGAUUCAGUCGCUUAAAUCAACCAAAUACUUCAAAAUCUCAAUCUUUGGAAAAGAAUAAUGAAAUUGAUAAUAAUGAUGAUAUUUCUAGAUUUACAGAACUUAUGGAAAAGUUGUCUUUCGAUCCAAGAGAAGAUCAUUUAUGAUGUUUGCUUUUUAUGGACAAAACUAUUUUAUUCUAUGAACAAAUAAAUAUGAUACAUGU